CCGGGGACACUAUGGUCUCCAUCCAUAAUGAAAAGAUUUGCACAAGGCAGUCUGUGGGCAAACUCCUCUCUGUCGUGUUACUUGGAGUGGUGUACAUGGCAUACGUGCUCAUCGGAGGAGUCAUUUUUUGGAAGCUGGAGGGGGAUCAGAUGGAGAGCCAAAUUGCUCUCCUCAAAGAAGAGAGAAGUAUCCUGCUCCAGAAAUAUCAGUGUCUGGAUCAAAACAGCCUGGAAGAACUGGCAGAGUUGAUCCUAUCUGCAUCUAAGGAUGGGUUAAGUCUAAAGGGGAAUCAUACAUCUGGAGGCUUCUGGAAAUUCACAAGCUCUGCUGUGUUUGCAGCCACUGUUGUUACGACCAUUGGCUACGGCAAUAUAAGCCCCAGGACGACGCUUGGACAGAUCUUCUGCGUUGUCUUUGCCGUUGUUGGAAUCCCACUUAAUGUGGUGGUUCUGAACAGAGUGGGCAAGUAUAUGCUGGCAGUCGAGAGAAAGUUCUGCAAUAUCAUCGCAAAAAAGACCAACCACCAGAAAUGUAUGAUUGUGUGCCUCCAUGUCACAUCCUUCCUCAUCUCAUCAGUCCUCUAUUUCGUGGUUCCCAUGCUACUGUUCCAAGAAUACGAAGGUUGGACAUACUCACAGGCCAUCUAUUACUGCUUCAUCACCCUCAGUACAAUAGGCUUUGGAGACUAUGUAGCAGAUUCUAACCAAGAUAAGGAAUACCCAGACUGGUAUGGGUGUAUCUUGGGAGUCUGGAUAUUUUUUGGCCUGGCCUGGCUGGCUUUGCUAAUCAAUCAUGCCAUUGAUCUGCUGGAGAGGAUUAAUGCUUAUCAUAAAUCAGGAAGAAAGAACCAUGAUGAAACGGACCAUUCACAACAGCGGGAGGCAGAAGGAAGCUGA